ACCUACUGUAGCGGAGCCUACACGUGUGUAUGUAUGUGUGCAUAGCCGGGGUAUGUAAGCUACAUACUACUUGAUACCUAAUUACUUGGUAUAUGUUACGGAUCCGUAUACUGGAAAGUUAGGUAAGUACUCGGUGCGCUAGCGGGGGUAGCAAACAACCCACCUGACGUAUGACUUGCGGGGCAGCUCCAGGCCCCAUCCCUUGCUCUUCAGCCAUGUCCCAUGCCCCGGACCGGCGAUGCAGCAAGCAGUAACUUCAUUCAGGCCUACCGAACGGAGUAUGACAUCCUAACCUACAGUGUUCACAUCCCAUCCAUCACUCCACAUCGCUCGAUUGUCACCCGGAACACCCGCCGCCUUCCUUCCUAUGCAUAACCAGUAGAGCGAAGCAGCAAACUUCUUCCCCAUCUUCAUGUCUUGAUUCGAUGGCACCAGACCUCAAUUCUCUGCCACCGUCCCCGUCUGGAUACUCAAGAACCAUGACCUCACCAACCGCAAACGGCGACAGUCCCGUCGUGGGCACAGAUUCUCCGCCUCCUGCUUCUCGCUCCCAGUCUAUCUCUUUACAGGCAGCAGCUACCAUGAAUGCAGGCCUUCAGCGACGCUCAUCGAAUAGCUCGGUUAGUAGACAACAGCCUUCGCCCGCCGGCCGGAGACGAUCCACCGUCCUCAUGAACAUUCAGCACAAUGACCCCAGUCUCCCUCCCGCUGGCGAAAUCCAGGAAGGCUCAGGAGCUCCCGCCGGAGCUGCUCUCAUCGCCUCCAGCCCACGACCCAUGUCUGGCUCUCCCUUGCUGAUGGCCACCCGCGAUCCCUAUCACAACCGGACACCCAGUCUGGGCGAGCUUCACCAGGAGCUCGAGGCAGAACAAGAGGCCCAGGUCAACCGCCUGCUACACCAGAUACGCCGCCAACAAGUCGAGCUCCAACAGCUUCACGCAGCCCAAGAUCAGAACCAGACUGCCGUCGCAGCUGACGAUGCCACCCCCACCUCGGAACGGUCCCGCUCUGCCUCUAUCGUUAUUCCGAGCGCAGGCGUAGCCCAGGCCUCCUCGUCUGUGUCUACCCCGCGAUCGCCUGUCCUCCCACGUGGGUCCUUCGACAUUGCCCAGACUAGUCUGCGACCCUCACGCACACCGAGUCGAAGUCUGAGUCGGCAGACGUCCUCGUCGAGGAUGAGAUCAGGUUCCAUAAGUGCCGGCGACAGUGGCGACCCUUCCCUCUUGAGUGGUCGGGACGAGACCGCUUUCUACCAAGCAGAGACACAAUCACUUGUUCGGGAGAACCAAAUGUUGCGUCAUCGCAUCCGAGAACUGGAACGCCAACUUACCGACGCACAAACGGCGUCGUCGGUCACGAGGGAACCAGCCCAGCCAUCUCAUCUAUUGCAGUCCCAGUCUGUGUCGGAGGAUGAGAGUGGCACAAGUAGACCAAGUGCCACUACCAUGGGCCCUCCAAAGGCAGAGUAAGCCUGCUAACCUUAUGGACUGGAAUCUGCUUUUAUGCUUGGCGGUUUGACGAGGACAGACCCUGGGCGUUCCUGAUUUUGUAUGGGCGUUGAGUAACAUGGCAUGCAUGGCAAGGUAAUCCAAAUUCAAGUCACCAUGAAAGGAAGUUAGGCGUUGGGUGAGAAUGGCAGGCGGACUUUCAAGCUUGACAUGGGCAGGCACAGGGCUUAGAGAACAUAGCCUCAAGCUUUUGGACGCUAGCACCACUCACAAAAGUGUUACAUGAUGGUUUUUUUUGUUCCUUUGUUUUUUGUCGGG